AUGUCGGAUCCCGAGCAGCCACGUGGGUCUAACAAGCAAUACCGAGACAUUAAUAUCAACGAUGGCGCAAGAGCCCAUCUCGGGGAUAUAUACCAUAUUACCCGAGAAGAUCCCCUCAGCCUACUCCCGUUUGCAACAGACGCGCCGUUCAAUUCCUACGUCCGCCAACACGAACCUGCCUGCCUCCCUAACACCCGCGUCGACCUUUUAAAAGACAUAUAUGGCUGGGCUGAUGGAAAAGAUGGACAAGGUGAGCGAUGCAUCUUCUGGUUGAAUGGCCUAGCUGGAACGGGAAAGUCAACAAUCACCCGUACCGUCGCCCACAGGUAUAAUCAGCAGAAGCGUCUUGGAGCCAGCUUCUUCUUCUCAAAGGGUGACGGAGAUGUGAGCCAUGCCGGCAAGUUCUUUACAAGUCUAGCAGUGCAGCUCGCUUUCAAUGUGCCGUCUCUUCGACAGUAUAUCUGUGAGGCUGUUACCAAGCGGAGUGAUAUUGCGAAUCUGUCCCUCUUAGACCAGUGGCGCCAGCUUGUUCUCGGCCCCCUAUCAAGGCUAGAGAAAUCUCACCAGCCGUACGUCCUCGUUGUUGAUGCGCUCGACGAGUGUGAGGGUGAUAUCAACGUCCAGAACAUUCUGGGGCUCUUAGCCGAGGCUCGGUCACUAACGACGGUACGACUUCAAGUCUUUCUAACUAGUAGACCCGAAAUUCCAAUCCGACACAGCAUAUACCGUAUCCCACAAGCUAAGCACCAGGACUUCAUACUCCAUGAUAUACCACUAGAGACUAUUAACCAUGAUAUCUCUCUAUUCCUAGAAUACAAUCUAGAGACAAUCAGGCAGCAGUGGACUCUCGGCGCAGACUGGCCAGGCGAGGCGAUUCUGAGACAGCUAGUUCUACACGCUUGUGGCCUCUUCAUUUGGGCAGCAACAGCAUGUCAGUUUAUCCAUCAAGGGAGGCGAUUCGCACGCAAGAGACUAGAUACAAUUCUCAAGGUCAGUAGCAGCGCUAUUACCGCACUAGAGAAACACCUCAACGAGAUCUAUCUUGCUGUCCUUAAGAACUCGAUCUCCUCAGAAUAUUCAGACGAAGAGAAAGAAGAGACACUUAAGAAGGACAUUUGCAAAAUGCAUACUCCUGGUAGCCAAGCUAGCCAGGUUAAGAGCAGUUGGAUUGAGGAAUGCCUUCCACCUGAAGUUCAAUAUGCAUGUCUUUACUGGGUCCAGCAUAUACAAAGGGGUGAUUCUCAGGUUCAUAGUGGCAGAGAAGCUCACCGGUUUCUACAGGAUCAUCUACUGCACUGGCUCGAGGCACUCGGGUGGAUGGGCAAGACGUCAGAAGGGAUUCAGGCAAUAUUGUCCCUAGAGGCUUACGUUCUGGUUAAUGAAAGCCCCGAUUUACACGCAUUUAUCUAUGAUGCAAUGCGAUUCGCCUUGUAUAACCGAUUGGUGAUUGAAAAGGCACCCCUACAGCUAUACUGUUCGGCGCUUGUUUUCGCCCCGAAGAAAAGCAUUGUUCGGAGGCAAUUUGAGAAAUUUAUCCCACCUUGGAUCCAAUUGAAGACGAGAGCGCAAGAAAAUUGGAACGCUGCGCUGCAGACGCUCGAGGGCCAUUCGGACUCAGUCGAGUCUGUGGCCUUCUCGCGAGAUGGCAAGCACAUGGCGUCUGGGUCGCAUGAUAAAACGGUACGGCUCUGGGACGCCGUGACUGGCGCGGCGCUACAGGUGCUCGAGGGUUCCAGCCCGGUCACGUCAGUGGAUUUCUCCCCAGACAGCAAGCGCAUAGUGUCUGGGUCACUUAAUGGCUCAAUACAGCUCUGGGACGCUAUGACAGGUGUAGCGCUACAGAAGCUCGAGGACCAUUCGAGUUUAGUCGAGUCAGUAGCCUUCUCGCCAGACGGCAAGCGUAUAGCAUCUGGGUCACAUGAUCUAACAGUACGGCUCUGGGACGCUGAGACAGGUGCAGUACUGCAGACACUUGAGGGCCAUUCGAAAUUUAUCACAUCAGUAGCCUUCUCGCCAGACAGCAAGUGUAUAGCAUCUGGGUCACAUGAUCAAACGGUACAGCUCUGGGACGCUGAGACGGGCGCAGUGCUACAGACGAUUGAGGGCCAAAGCUUUCUCACGCCUGUGGCCUUCGCGCUAGACGGCAAGCGGUGGGCGUCUGGGUCAGAUGGUCAAUCAGUACAGCUCUGGGACGCUAUGACAGGCGAGGCACUACAGACACUUAAGGGCCAUUGGGGUCCAAUUACAUCAUUAGCCUUCUCACCGGACAGUAAGCGCCUAGCUUCUGGGUCACAUGAUCUAACAGUAUGGCUUUGGGACGCCAUGACAGGUGCAGUACUGCAGAUACUCGAGGGCCAUUCAAGGAAGAUCUCGUCAGUGGCCUUCUCGCUAGACGGCAAGCGUGUGGCGUCUGGGUCAGGUGAUUACACAGUACGGCUCUGGGACGUUGUGACAGGCACGGCGCUCCCGCCGCUCGAGGGCCCGUACCGUUCACGUUCUGUCGCGUCAGUGGCCUUCUCGCCAGACGGCAAGGGGGUGGUGUUUGGGUCAGGUGACAUGGUACACCUCUGGAACACUGUGACGGGCACAGCACUGCAGACGCUCGAGGGCCAUUUGAGCUCGGUUACAUCGGUGGUCUUCUCGCCGGACGGCAAGCACGUGGCAUCUGGGUCACAGGAUAAUACGGUACGGAUCUGGGACUGCCUGACAGGCGCACCACUGCAGACACUCGAGUGGUAUUCAGAGACAGUCUCGUCAGUUGCCUUCUCGCCGGACGGCAAGCGGGUGGCGGCUAGGUCAGGUGAUAAAACACGGCUCUGGGACGCCGUCACGGGCACAGUGCUGGAGACGCUCAAGGGCCAUUCGAAAUUUCUCACGCCAGAAGCCUUCUUACAUGAUAGUAAGGUGGAGCCAGGUUUAUUUGUGUUAGAUGAUUGGGUAAUAGAAGGGAAGGAGAAGAUUCUCUGGCUUCCUCGUGAAUAUCGACCGGAAGAAAUGGCAGUCUGGAACGGAACUAUCGAGUAG